CCAGACCAUGUUGCUACAGACGCUGUACAUCCGAAACCAAAACACACAUUUGAUCAAAUAAUGUCUGUCUACAAAGUACAUGUACAAGGUCACGGUGACUUCACGACUCAGAUGAAAUGAAACAAUGCUUGAACUUAGGACAGGAUAAGAAAAAAGAUGCUCUCUGCUCGGCUUGAGCUAGAUGGAACCUUUGAGAAGAUCAGCCAAAAAGAAUACAGCAAGCACAAAGAUGAGGUGAACUGUUGUGCAUUUUCCUUGGACCUUGAGAUGAUGGUAACUGGAGCCGACGACGGUCGAGUGCGAGUAUUUAACAGACUUACAGGGCAGCUGGUCAGUAGGCUCUUUGGCCAUGAAGGGGCAAUAAAGAGUGUGGCAAUAUCAUCGGACAGCAAAUACAUCGCCAGUGCAUCACAUGACACUACUGUGAUUGUGUGGAGGACUUGUAAUGCAUCUGUUGUCUACACUCUAACAGGUCAUUGUAGGAGUGUUGAGACAGUGGCGUUUUCUCAAGACGGAAACUUUUUAUGCUCGGGAUCGUGGGACAACAGCGCCCUCAUCUGGAAUAUGAAGACUGGCACCGCAACUAAAGUAUUAACUGGCCAUCGAAACGUUGUGCAAUGCUGUGCCUUUUCCCAUAAUGAUAAAUUCUUGGCAACUGGUUCGUGGGAUUAUACAGUCCGUCUGUGGUCCCUUGUAAGAGAUCCACGUAUAGAAGAAUGUAGAAUACUGAAGGGACACACCGGUAACGUUCAUGCUGUUGCCUUCUCCGUCAUGGGAAUGCUGGCAUCAGGCUCAUGGGAUAAAACUAUAAGAUUAUGGCGGGCACGAGAUGGCAGUCUACUAUUCGUUCUGAAUAAUCAUACUGGAUGGGUGAGGGCGCUAGCAUUCUCACCUGAUGGGACUAUUCUCGCAAGUACAAGUGAUGAUGAAUCGGUCAAAAUAUGGGAUGUCCUCACUGGAGAAUGUGCAAAAACAUUGGAGGGGAAAAUGGAGCAACUACAGACUUGUAUUUUUUCAACAGAGGGCGCUCUACUGGCCUCCGGUGCAGCAUCCAUGCCCAAUUUAGCUUUCAAGAACUCGUUGGCGAACAGGCCCAAGUCAGCCAGUGGACAAAGCAUCAAGACAGAGGGAACAACGGCGUAGGCGUAGGAGGAUCGGCACAAUAGCGGCCAGAACAUGGAAACAGAAAUUUAGUGAAACAAAUGUUUUUUUUCUUCAUAUUUUGCUCUUUGAGAAAAGCUUCAAUUAAUUGUAAAAAAAACUGUUUGUUUGCUUUGUUACAUUCCAUAAACAAUUUUAAUUGGAAGCGAUGAUCAAAUGUGUGCUAGUUUGUUCAAGGGAAGAUUUUUAAAUUUUAAUUAUGAAUUAUUGUUUGAGAAAUGUAUACGAAAUUAUAUAAUUAUUGGUACAUGAUGGAGUGCUUCAUGUUACUGUUUGUCUUUAUCUAUAAAUUUGUAAAUAAACAAGAAAGUGGUUUGUAAAAGACAGAAGUUCUGAGGUGCACCUUAAAUAUUUUAUUGGAAGAAGAUUAUAAUGUGGGCCCAAUUUCAUGGAGCUGCUUAAUCACAAAUACUAGCUAAGCACGUCCAAACUACCAUAUAACAUGUACAACUUGUGACUGGUAUCCUGCUCAAUUCUGCCAAACAACCUCCUUUGACACAUUUCAGAUACUUCUGAAACCCCACUUAAUUCGGGAGGCCUGCCAUCAAUGACUUAUUUAUAUGUCGGCGCUAUAUUAUGAUUGAUUGUACUCAAAAGUUUUCUUUUCACGUAUUAAACGAGGGACCUCACAAGAUAGUAGUAACAUUUUCUAGAAAGCUUUGAGCAAUAAUUUAUUGCUCAAUGAACAAAAAGCAAAACCAGAAUGCUGUGGACUUUUCGUGUUACAUGUUGAUUGAUAUCCAACCCACAAAACAUUGCUGAGGAAUUAUAAGAAAUUAAAAAUUACAACUGCAGAUA